CUGCUCCAGUGUCUGUGUCGGCGUCUCGGUUUCGUGCGUUUCGUUCGUGCACCGAGCGCCUAUAUCAGCUCAGCGCACUAAUCUCCCGUGCAAUUUUUUUGCCUCGUAAACGUAAACAAGUACAGUGAAAUAGUUGCUACUAUGCUGGAAACACGUCACGCUUUCUAAGUUCCCGGUUUUAAGUACAAUUCAAAACACUGUAAUGGAUUUCGCAAGAUCUGUUUUCGGUGGUAAUGCGUCGACCGAGGGCUACAGCGCGAAAAAUACGGCUGCUGAAACCUUGUCGGAAGAUGAGGACGAGGCGUACGCUCAGGAUGUGUCGGAGGCCAUAAGCAUUCGUGCCAAUCUGUUCGGUUCGCCGUCCACCAAUCAGGGCUAUUCCCCUGCGCCAGGUGGACCAUUUUCGGCUCUCACGCCAUCCAUGUGGCCGCAGGAUCUCCUAGCAUCGCUGGCACAGCCUGAAGAUGCGGGUUGUCACCACGAGUGCAGAUUCGAUGAGUUUGGUUUCCGUGUCGAAGAAGAAGAUGGCCCUGAACAGAGCUCACGAAAACUGCUGAGUGAAGCCUUUGUUGAAAACCCCCAGCACCGACUGCAGUGGAUAGCAUAUCUGGAAUUCACACACAACAAUGAAGUUGGCGAUCUCACCUGGGACAGGGUGAAAACAAGCCUGCCACACAACGAGAAGCUGUCAAACAUGCUACGCUUGGCUGGCAUCCCACAUUCCCUGCGGCCUCAGCUCUGGAUGCGGCUAUCUGGCGCCGCCACAAAGAAGAUGACAGCAGACAUCGGCUACAGAGAUAUCGUUCGAGCCAGCUCCAACAACCACUUGCUGAGCUCUAAGCAGAUAGAAAAAGACCUCCUCCGAACGCUCCCGAGCAACGCGUGUUUCUCGCACGCCUCAAGCACUGGCGUAUCUCGUCUACGCCGGGUGCUCCGUGGCCUAGCCUGGUUGUUCCCCGACAUCGGUUACUGCCAGGGCACCGGAGUGAUUGCAGCCAAUUUACUGCUGUUCCUCGAAGAAGAAGAUGCCUUCUGGCUUAUGUGUACAAUAGUGGAGGACCUGCUCCCUGCCUCCUACUACUCCCACACGCUCGCGGGUGUCCAGGCCGACCAGAGGGUCCUGCGUGCUCUCAUCCGGGAAGCCUUGCCCGAUCUAGAUUUCUUGCUACGGGAGCACGACAUAGAGCUCUCACUGAUCACGCUGCACUGGUUCCUGACCCUGUUUGCCAGCGUGGUGCACACAAAGAUUCUUCUACGCAUUUGGGAUCUAUUACUUUAUGAAGGCUCCAUAGUGCUUUUUCGGAUAUUGCUCGGCAUGCUAAAACUUAAGGAGCCCCACCUGAGGGCCUUGGAGAAUUCUGCCCAGAUCUUCAAUGCACUGUCGGAUAUUCCUGGGGAGCUGGAAGACAUAGAUAAACUUCUGGAGGCGGCCACCGAGACCUCGACCGGGAUCGUUAACGAAGCUGCGGUUGAAGCUCUGAGACGGAGGCACCUGGCAUACCUGAUGGCUGACCAGGGUGCUCUGUUGAACCCUGAGCAUGCACGCAACUUGCCAAAACAGCACCUGACUCGGAGGCAGGUGAAGCGAUCAAAGUCUGUGAUACAAAUGUUGCUCCACGGAGGAGCCGGAACGGACGGCGGACUCGUGGCUUCGGAGGACGACUUGCGGUCGAAGAACGUGCGGCAGACGGAAAUCCUGGUGGAUUUACGCGAAGGAAUCCUACAGAUUGCCCGACAUUUCCAGACACUAGAUCCAAAGCUCAGAGUGAACUUGGUGUCGGAUUACUCCAUGGAGAGCCACGCGAGGGACCAUGAAAACUUUGCCAACGUUUCAAGGUCGCGCCAUCGUCGAGCGAAGGCCCUGCUUAAUUUCGAGAGGCAUGAUGACGACGAGCUGGGAUUUCGGAAGAACGACAUAAUCACAAUAGUAAGCCAGAAAGACGAGCACUGCUGGAUCGGGGAGCUCAACGGUCUCCGAGGUUGGUUUCCGGCAAAAUUUGUGGACCUGCUCGACGAAAGGAGCAAGCAGUACUCCAGUGCCGGCGAUGAUUCUGUAACCGAAGCCAUCACGGACCUCGUCCGCGGAACCCUGUGCCCUACAGUGAAGGCCAUCUUAGAAUACGGCAUGAAACGAUCCCUGCUCCUUGCAGGCCCUUGUCACCCGUGGCUUUUCAUUGAGGAGGUUGCAAACAAGGAGGUCGAAAAGGACUUCAACUCUGUGUACUCACGGCUUGUCUUGUGCAAGACGUACAGGCUGGACGAAGAUGGCAAAGUGCUUACUCCGGAAGAAGUACUUUAUCGGUCGGUACAAGCGGUAAAUUUGACGCACGACGCGGCUCACGCUCAGAUGGAUGUGAAGCUCAGGUCGCUCGUCUGCAUUGGGCUCAACGAACAAGUGCUUCACCUGUGGUUCGAGGUCCUCUGCUCGAGUGCGGCGGUUGUGCAGAAGUGGUAUCACCCAUGGUCGUUCAUCAACAGCCCCGGAUGGGUGCAGAUCAAGUGCGAACUCAGACUACUGUCUCAGUUUGCCUUCAACCUGAACCCCAACUGGGAGCUGCCUACGAAAAGGGAACCCUCCCAGCCGCUCAAAGAAGGUGUCCGAGACCUCCUAGUCAAGCAUCAUCUGUUUUCCUGGGACCUCUGACAUCACUACCCCUCACCCAUCCCCACGAUUCCUCCUUUCCCAGGAUAUCAGCAUGUGCAUUCGUGUGCCAGAGGUUAAUUUCAAACAUUAUUUCCAUCGUGUUAUAGGUGAACAUGUGCAUUUAAGUGAAUGUCCGACAUGGUCAUGUUUGAUGUUCAGGGAUGACGACAACAUUCAAACUUCGUACAUGAGUGAUGUUGCCAUGUGUUUAGCACAUUGUUUGGUUCACAUGAUUUACAUAAUUUCAUACGCACAUUUUAUGACAAAUCUUGUUUUGCCCAUGCAGAGCACACUGGUUUCAGGACAAACAUGUUUUUACAUUGCAAACAUCUCUUGCAAUGGUUUUCUAAGAACAUUCAUUAGAAACACAAUUUUAUUUUUUGGCCAUACUUUCUCAUUCUAAUUUGGAACGUGUUUCAAUUCAGAGCCGCGCGAAUAUUCGAAAUUUCGAAUAUGAAACUGAUAUGUGAUGCUAUUCGAAUGCUAUUUGCAGCCUAUUAUCAGUAUUCGAAACUUUUGAAACACUUUCGAAACUUACCCAAAGUCCUAAGCAGGCCGGGCCAGGCCUAGAUCGGGCUCGAGCCUGUGUUGCCCCACUGUUAGUUAGCCUCGGUCAACUUUACAGCGCGCAACACUGGGCCGGGUAGCCUAUAAAUAUCUCUGGCCGGGCCUGGGCCGGGAAACCUAGAAAUUCUUCGGGCUCGGGCCAGGCCAGGUACGGAGCUGUAGUGCCCCCCGCAGGCACGCUCAGAUGCACGGUCGGAUGACAAUAAACGCUCGUGCCUCAGUUCAUCUCUGGCUGGCACAGGUCAUGGACCUUCUGUUGUCUUGGUCUGUUGUCCUACAGAGCUGUCGGGUCCGGGUAGGUAAAUCAAAGGAAGGCUGGGAUUGGGCCUGUCCUGGGCUUAAGAAUGCGGCCCGUGCACUGCUCUACCACACGGUACAACCAAGAUGUAAACGAGGACUUUUAAACUGCUGUCUGAGGCUUUAGUGUCUUGCGGUUAGGGUCUUGAACCUUUCAUAUUAAACGCCUUUCACGAAUCCAGCGUGUAAAGGUCAUGUGCUGUUUUAAUGGGUUUUAGCGUAGCUCCAGAGCACACCUGCAUUACGUUGUAUGUACCAGAAAACGUGUGUGAAGGUUGUACACGGAAUCAAUUCCCACGCUCAUAGUGGUGUGUCAGAUGUGUGUUUCUGACAUAUCACGCGUGUGUGCUUACACGUUGCAGAUGGUGCUGCUAGCUGUAAUGUUUCUGUGCAUGUUUCUUGAUGCACUGGAGCUGUGAAGUCGCACGAUGACUCUGCAAGGAAUCGUUCAUAGCCUGACAAAUAACAAAUAAAUAUUGGUUUGGAGAGGUAGAUAUCAGGUGGCAGUGAGUUCCACCAGAAAGGAGAAGGCCCUACCUGUGGUUGUACCUAAAGCACAGUGCUGUUCAGAUAUUCGAACAAGAUGCAAGUGCUGUUCAGAUUUAGUUCAGAUAUUCGAACAAGCACAUGAAACCUAUGUUUGCUAAAUUUCUGACUCUCAGGAGUAUUCCUGGCAUAGUAAAAUCUGUAUCCUUUACAUCUGCUACUUCUUUACUACGAACAGUGGAAUCAGUUUUUUCUGUGUUUUAAAAAUACCAGUCCAUCAGUAUCAAUGUUGACCCAAUUUUGAAGCAUGUAGCAAUCUAGUCACACAAAUGUUCCAGGGCGCUUUGUUAUACAUUUCAUUUCAAAUGCAUUUAUGCACAUUUGUCAUUUACAGUGUCAGAGUUUGUCAAGACAUGAUAUUUUUUCAGCACUUUUGCUUCAUAAACGCCUAGUCAUGCAAUCUAGUCAGCUGCACAUUUUUUAAGGUGAUGCUUUUGUUUUUACUUUUGUUGUCAUACAUUCCGUGAAAUAUUUUGUUAUCAUCAGUGUUUGUGACACUUCUUGUUGAAAAUGUUUAUUAUGUACCAUUUAUAUUGUCUGUGUGAUAUCGUUAUUGGUUCUGGUUGCACGACAAGUCAGUGUGAGUACAUUUGUGUCACACAAAUAAGGGCAUCCAUGGCAUGUUGUUGAAUUUCUUUUUUGCACUGUUUCAAUUUGAAUAAAGCAAUUUUAUGUCAUCGUG